AUGUCUUUCUGCGGGAUACCUGAGGAACUAACAAUUCGUACCCAACAGGGGGUCGGCAGUAGCACAUGGACUCGCCCACCCUUUUACGGCAACCUCACCAUACCUGAACUGUAUGAGUUCCAUGCCGAGAACAGCCCCGACCAUCCCGUCAUUGUUUACCAAAAUACCGAUAACGUACUGCAAACGCUGCGAUUCAAGGAUAUCAUUCAUGGAGUCCGGAAGGCAGCGAGCGCGACCCUCCCCAACAUGCAUCAGUUUCCUACUGAAACCGGCACUCAAGUAGGGAUCUUGGCGUCUGUUGAUUUCCCCACUUACUUCACGUUGGUUCUUGGAAUCAUGUACGUGGGAUACACGCCAUUCCCAAUCUCUGUGAGGAACUCCGCACCCGCCAUUGCAGAUCUUCUCCGGAAGACCGCCACAAUGGUUCUUUUAGUCAGUGCAGACUCAGCAAUGCAGCACCUGGCGUGUGAAGCGAGAGCUUUACUCGCAACAGAAGGUUAUGAAAUAAAUCUCGUGGAUGCGCCUACAUACGACGACCUGUACAAUUCCAACGAUGGCGGGGCACAAUUCAACGCGCCCUCUCGCCGCCAUACAACUGGUGGGGACACUGCGGUGAUCCUUCACUCUUCAGGCUCGACAUCAUACCCGAAGCCGAUACAUUUGCUGCACCGGAAUCUCUCGAAAUGGGCUUUCGCACCGUACUUCGGUGAUAUGGAUCUUGCAGACAUACGGAUAUCUAUGCACUGCGUACCCAUGUUCCGUAAGUCAGCUUCCGCUAUGCAUUUAUUGCAACCACAGGUAGGCUUUGGUGCGGUCAUCACCACAUUCAGACCAUCUGUCCCACCCAUCGCGCCUACCGCUGAGAACGUACUACAUGCUGCCAUGAGUACGGAAUGCAAAGGGAUGAUCUGUGUUCCUGCAUUUGUGGAGACUUGGGCUCUCGACCUUCGUUGUUUAGCGCUCCUUCGAAACUUCGACUUCAUUAUUGUCGGGGGCGCCGCACUGAGUAUUAAUAUCGGUAAUGGCCUUGUAGAACAGGGUGUCAGAUUGUUCACGGUGUAUGGGGCGACGGAGAUUGGCGUCGUCGUGAGACAUAUGGCCCUCGCGCGGCCCAUGUCCGGAGACAAAUGGUCCUAUUUCUCGAUCUCGCCAGCUGUAGAAUACGGGAGAUUAGCCCAACAAAGUCAACCAGGAGUAUUCGAGCUCGUGAUACUGGAUUGCACGAGUUGGUCCCCUAACGUGUUCAAUACCACCUUCCGUGGACGUGCCGCAUACGCUACAGGAGAUCUAUUGGAGGUUCAUCCUACAGAUCAGAAUUACUUCAGAGUCUUUGGCCGCGUAGACGAUCAAAUCACUCUGUCAAACGGGGAAAAGGUAAAUCAAUCCGGUCUUGUGCAAGAUCCAGAGAUCGCCGUCGCCGUUGUCUUUGGAAGCGGCAGAGCUCAAGUUGGUGUGAUCAUACAGCCGCGAGAGCCGUUCAAUCGGAACAACGUCUCAGAGCUUCAAGCGUUCCGGGAUAGAAUCUGGCCAACUGUCGAGCGAGUUAAUGCGUACACACCGUCGCACUCGCAUAUCUUCAAGGAGAUGAUCACUGUGACGGACGCUUCGAAGCCCUUCUCUUUGACGAGCAAGGGUACCCCUCGCCGUCAUCUCUGCUUGCAUGAGUAUAGAGAGGAGAUUUACAGGGUCUACGACAAGAUCGACAGCUACGCCCUUGGGGGCAUUCCGUUACCGCGUUCAUGGGAUAAGCAAUCUGUGAAUGCCUAUGUGCGCAGCGUAGUUCUCGAAGCUAUGAAUGUGCCAUGGAUCAAAGAUGAAGACAACCUCUUGCAACAUGGCUGUGACAGUCUACGAGCAAAUUGGAUACGCAGCACCCUCGCGCGAGCUCUGGAAACAGCUCAUGAACAUGCCCCCUAUAUACCCCAUAACCUUGUGUACGCUUACCCCACGAUAGGUGAUCUCACCACCUACGUCUGCACAUCCUUGAGCAUGGGCGGGCGAGGUCGAGAAGAUGAACAUGCUUCCCAUAUACUGCAGAUGAAGUCGCUUGUCGACUGUUACAGUCACUUUCCGUCUCCCGAAUGGCACGAACCUUGUUCCGGACGUGCCGAAGGAACCUAUAGAGAGGUUGUCUUGAUCACUGGUACGACAGGAGCCCUUGGAUCCCAUCUCCUUUCGCAGCUUCUGCGGGACCCACGGGUUGUACGAGUGUAUGUUCUAGGUCGCGUUUCGAGCGCGGGAUGCACCGACCUGCGGGAGAGGCAAAGAGAGAGUUUUAACAAGUGGGGCCUGGACGGGGAAUCACUCGAUGGGGCUACUGUGACAUUCCAUGUCGCGAAUUUGACCAAGGAAGACUUGGGUUUAGAUAGUGCUCUCUUGCUAGAGGUCAGGAGCACCGUAACCACUAUCAUCCAUGGUGCUUGGCGGGUCGAUUUCAACGCCACUCUCGCUUCAUUCGAACCUCUGCUAUCUGGGACUCGACAUCUCGUUGACAUUGCGCUUAGUUCCCUUGUGCCCGGUGGGCCAAAGCUUCUAUUAGUAAGCUCUGUCAGUGCUCUACAGAAUUACGUAUCCGACAGUCCGGCAGUAGAAUCAAUCGAUUAUGGACCAGAAGUCGCACUGGGGACCGGGUACGGUGAGAGCAAGUGGGUAGCUGAGCAAGUGUUACAUUGUGCAGCCCUGUAUACGGGAUUGCGCACUGUAUCUGUGCGUGUGGGACAGCUGAGUGGGGAUACACAUAUAGGCAGUUGGAACACCAAAGAAUGGAUCCCAUCUCUCCUACGCAUAAGCAAACGACUUGGUGCAAUUCCAGCCAUGGAUACAAACAUAUCGUGGGUUCCAAUAGAUGUCGCGGCUUGCGCUUUGCUGCAAAUGCGUCACAGCUGCCAUCCAGUCCUCCACCUAACCUCUCCGUGUCCUGUACCGUGGAUGGACAUUUUCGGACCGCUUUCUGUAAAGCUCGAAGUCUCCCUCACCUCGCCCUUGGAUUGGAUCUCGCGAAUGAGGCAGUUAGAGCCCGACGUUCUCAUCGGAGCUCGUGGAACAGAGUGCGGAAUGGAUGCGCUCUCCGGUUGGUUUGAGGUCGCUAUGUCAACCGAGAGGUCUGAUAUCAUACUGUGCAACGAAAGGGCUGUGGAGGCAUCAGAAUGCUUGGCGGCAUUGGGAAGGCUGGGAGAAGGAGAUGUGCUGCGAUGGAUAGCAUUCUGGAAUAGUACUGAGUUCUUGUAG